AUGGCGACAGAAGCUGCUUUCACCUCUAGGCCCGAGACUUUGGCCAAGUACCUCAAGCUUGACCAGAAGGGCCAAAUCAUGGCCGAGUACAUCUGGAUCGAUGCUGACGGCGAGACCCGCUCCAAGUCGAGGGAACCCCACCCCACACAACAUAUCGAUCGCCUGGCCCUUUGCCCCAAGACACCGAGGACCUCCAGCUGCAGGGUUCAACGCCGUAGCUCGGCUAUUGGAGGUUCUUGCCAGUCGUAUUUUUGCGCCCUUUGGGCCGUCGGCGUGUCUUCGGUGAGCUGGCUAGGGGCCAAGUCGCCGCCGCCGGCCAAGAAGUGGAUGACGGUGGACGUCCUCCACAGGCUGCCCCAAAGACCCCAAAACGCAUGGGGCCGCUGGAGUACCCGUAGCUCCGCCUGGCAUCGUCAGCUUGACGGCAAGGCGCAUCGCAUGAUGUCAGCCUCGGUAGCCAAGUUGGCCCACGAGCUUGGUCGGCUGGAGACGGGUUCAGAAGAAGAGGGGCACUUUCUUUCAUGCGCACGCAUUUGCGACACGCUCAAGGAGAAGGAGUACACCCCCGAGGACCUUCCUAUGUGGAACUUUGAUGGUUCCUCCACCAACCAAGCCCCCGGCGACAACUCUGACGUCUACCUGAAGCCCGUCGCCGUCUUCCCCGACCCCUUCCGUGGAUCCCCCAACAUCCUCGUCCUCGCCGAGUGCUGGAAUGCCGACGGCACCCCCAACAAGUACAACUACAGACAUGAGUGCGCCAAGCUGAUGGAGGCUCACGCCGCCCACGACCCCUGGUUCGGCCUCGAGCAAGAGUACACUCUGCUCGACCUUAGCAACCGCCCCUUCGGCUGGCCCGCUAACGGCUUCCCCGCCCCCCAGGGCCCCUACUACUGCGGUGUCGGCGCCGGCAAGGUCGUCCAGCGCGACAUCGUCGACGCUCACUACAAGGCCUGCCUCUACUCUGGCGUCAAGAUCUCGGGCACCAACGCCGAGGUCAUGCCCGCCCAGUGGGAGUUCCAGGUCGGCCCCUGCGUCGGCAUCGAGAUGGGUGACCACCUCUGGCUCGCCCGCUUCCUCCUGGCCCGCAUCGCUGAGGAGUUCGGCGCCAAGGUCUCGGUCGAGCCCAAGCCCAUCCCCGGCGACUGGAACGGCGCUGGCCUGCACUCCAACUUCUCCACCAAGGAGAUGCGUGUUGAGGGCGGCAUGAAGCACAUCGAGGCUGCUAUCAAGAAGCUCGAGGGCCGCCACAAGGAGCACAUCGCCGUCUACGGCGAGGGCAACGAGAAGCGUCUCACCGGCCGCCACGAGACGGGCUCCAUCGACCAGUUCUCUUACGGAGUCGCCAACCGUGGUGCCUCGAUCCGCAUCCCCAGAGAGUGCGCCGCCAAGGGCUACGGUUACUUUGAGGACCGCCGCCCCGCCUCAAAUGCCGACCCCUACAGAAUUACUGGUAUCAUGAUGGAGACUAUUUUCGGUUCCGUCGCGUAA